UAUAUCUUGUUAACCGUGACUAAUUCAAUCCACUCCUGAAGUAAUGUGAGCAUAAUGAAGAAAUGGAGCUGACAGUUAGCUAUUUAACUGUGUUAAGUUUGACUUAUACACUAACGUUAGCUGCCACACAACACCACGAAGAUGGACGAUUAUUAUUUGAAGGAAAACAGUUUCCAGGAAGUAAAUCAUUUAAAACUUAUGAAGAAAUUCAACCACAAUUAUUUUAUAAAAAACGUAGAAUUUCAUCGACAUUACGUGGUAAUAAACAUAUUAGAAAUGUAACUAUAUACUUUAAAGCAUUUGGUAGAAGAUUUAUACUGGAUUUAGUUCUAAAUAAACAUUUGUUUUCUUCUUCUUAUAUAGAAAAACGCCAUCAUUCCUUCGGUAUUCAUAAACAUCAACCUCAAGUAAAUAAUCAUUGUUUUUAUCAUGGUAAUGUAAGAGGUGAUGUUAAUUCUCUAGUAGCUAUAAGUACUUGUGAUAAUAUAAUUCACGGAUUAGUAUCAGAUAAUAUAGAUACGUAUCAUAUAGAAGAAUAUAAUAAACAACAUAGAAUAUACAAAGAUAAAGAUAAACUACAGAAUUUAUUUAAAUGUGGUAAUGAUCAUGGUAGUCACAUGGACUUUAACCCUAUAAUAAACUCCAGAGAUUUACAUUCUAGGAAACGUAGAAGUGUUAAAGGACCUUACGAUGGUAAUGAUAAUACCAGAUUUGUUGAGUUAUAUUUAGUUAAUGAUAAGAGAACAUUUUUAGAUCAUAAUGCUAGUUCAAGCUAUGUAAUAAAGAGAUCUCAAGAUAUUGUAAAUAUCGUCAGUAGGUUGUAUCGAUCAUUAAAUAUUUAUGUAGCCUUAGUUGGUGUUGAAGUCUGGGAAAAUCGGGAUUUAAUAUCGAUUACACCGAGUCCAGACAUCACACUAGAAAAUUUUCUACGGUAUAGACGAGAACGUAUUAAUCCAUUCCAUACCAACGAUAACGCACAAUUAAUCACUGGUACAAAGUUUGACGAAGGAGUGGUAGGUAAAGCCAUCAAAGGAAGAAUUUGUACUUUUCAAUUUUCUGGAGGUGUUAAUUAUGAUUAUGAUGGAUUAACAACAUUAGCUACAACAGUAGCUCAUGAAUUAGGUCAUAGUUUUGGUAUGGAACAUGAUAAUGAUUCAUAUUGUCAUUGUCCAGAUAAUAAAUGUAUCAUGGCAGCAACCAGUGGAUCGACCAGUCCUACCCAAUGGUCGUCAUGUUCUAAGGUAGCGUUACAAGAAUCAUUUGAAAUUGGAAUGGAUUAUUGUUUACGUAAUAAACCAGAAAAGAUAUUUGCUGGUCCCGUAUGUGGUAAUGGUCUGGUAGAAGAAGGAGAAAUAUGUGAUUGUGGUCUACCUCAGGUUCGAAUAAGUUUUAACGUUUUCAGUUCACGAUUGUGCAAAUAG